AUGCGCGUGUCGAACAACAGCCAAUUCUUUCCAUCUCUCGCCAGUGGGAUAUUGUUCCUCCUUGCCGCGCUAGUGGUGCAAAGCGCCGCCGCACCGUUGCAGUUACCAGCUUCUGCCCUGGGCAGCCUCCAAAUCCGCUCAAGGCCUGGCCGUGCCGGAGUGGUAUUGCUCAGAACUCGUGCACCGACCCAGGACCCUACCGCCGAGGAAAGGCAGAGGAGGGUAGCGGCAUGGGUUGCACAGCAACAACAGAUUACGUCCAAUGGGGUUGCGGGGCUGAUAGUUCAGCAGCAGAAGAUUGAAGGGAAGAAGGCUGAGGAGGGGAAGGUGAAGAAGGCUGAGGGGGAGAAGAAGGAGGAGGAGAGGAAGAAGAGGGAGCCAAAGAGAUCUGAUUCGGUUUCGUCUAAUUCUUCUGAGAAGACGGUGAAGGGUUGA